AUCUCAGUAUAGAGAAGCAUUAUGGAAAUUUUAGUCGAGGAUCCCGAGCCAGCAAUUAAUUCGCGGGAGUUUUUCGCCGAGUACAAAAAAAAAAUUACCAAAGGAAGUAGUCAAAAAGACAGCACUGUUCCAUUUUAUUUUGCGGCUACAUCUCCUGUUUCCGCUGAGAUAGAACAAAGUUGUCAUUUGGAAAAUAUCGCUUCGCAUGAUGAUAACGCGACCAUUAAAUUUGAGCCUGGAAUCGAAUGGCAACGUUUGCACUUCGUGAAACCACAAACCUCUCAACCCAUACCCAACCUCUACAAAGCCAUAAGUCUUCACAAGAAAUCAUCCAAGCAUAAUCCGUUCUUACGCUCCCAGUUUUGCUAUCGACUGUCCACAAUGCCACCUUCGAUUGAACAAAAGCUGCAUGAUGAGUAUGAAUUAGAGUUCACCGUACGAUUUUAUAGACCGCCACGUGCAUCACAUCGUGGCUACAAGGUGGAACAUCCCGUUUUUGCCGAAGAAUUUUUGUGCUUAGGUAGCCAGUAUUUAACAGAUCUCCGCGACAAAAUUUCAUGUGUUUGUAAUGGAAAACAAUUCAUCGACAUAAGCAAUGAUCCAGAGGCGCCCUUACCAGUUUUGGAAACAAAUCCGGCCUAUUUCUUCAUACAUGACACAUUCUACAACGAUACUCGCAAUCCAAAAAAUUGCAACUAUUCCGAAACAGUGCUUAACUGGGCACCUACAGCACUUGGUAAACAGGGCGAGAAUUUUAAGGUAGCGACAAUGGAGACGACCCGUUUUAUAGAUUUAACCGUCAGUCUAGGCACUCCGAUGCAAUACUUACACCACGGAAACUGCGAGCAUCUGUUUGUCAUCUCGCAACUGCAAGUUCUAACGCCGAAAAGUAGAUGCGUGAGUCGUCAGACAUUUUCACCAUUUAUGCGCUCAUUUAACUAUUUCAAUCGUCGUACCUGCUUUAUGUGUGGCUCGCGCAGAUUUUAUUUUAUUGUUGAGAAGUCAAACCGACAGCCGUUCGACCCUACGUACCUGUGCCGUAGUUGUUUCUACAAUUUCCACUACGUGGAUGGUAAAAAGAUAGGUGAAUUCAAGGCAUAUCGUAUAUACGACCUUUCUGACGAAGUGGAAAAUACACAAGAUGAAUACACCCAAAGCGAUCAUUCUUAUGACGCUGAUACCGACUGAACAUAUGUAAAGAUAUUUUGUUAGGAUUCAUUCUUUAUUGUAAUAUAUAUUCAUACGUUAUAUAUUUUUAUGUAUUCUUCAUACCGCCAAAUAAAAUAC